UGUUGUUUUGUUGUGGCGAUCAGCUGAAUGUGGCAUCGCUGUCCGGUCUGACACAACAGUGGGAAGCACCCCGAGCCCCUCCAGCUCUCCCUCCCCAGGAACGCGGGCACCGAGAGCAGCUCGAUCUAGCGCAUCACAAUCCAGGAAAUGCGGACUUCUGGCCCUUUCACUACGGGAUAAAUGGCUGCAGCGCCCGUACAGUAGCAAGCUGACCCAUUCAGAAGCUGAACGGCUAACACUCUUGACAACCAACAAAGGAGAUGGAGAAAAGACCUUGGGAGGGCUGUUAGAAUGGCUGAGGCUGGACAGAAGCAGAGCUGCUUUGUACAGAGAAAUGAUCCAUGUUUACCUGCAUCCAUGCAGCUCCAGGGCACCUUUUAAUGAUGCCUCACUUGGUCCUCUUGAAUAACUUUUGGCCCACACUGCGAAAGGCCCUCCGUUUUGAUUUACAAUUCAGUCUGUUCCCCUGACUCUGACCUCUCUGCUGUCAUGCGGUUAGCCCCAUGAGGCUCCAAGAGCCCUUCCUUGCGUGUCUGUGAGGCCUCCUCCCCACUCUAUGGAGGCUGAGCCCAGCCAUCCGGCUGAUGAGGAGCGCUCUGGAAGGCAAGAGCAGCAGCAUGUGACAGCUGAAUCCUCACUAGGAUCUUGUCCACCUCAGCAGCCCCAGCAGCCUCCUAAUCCUCGUCCUGUGCACAGAGCCUUGGGCCGCCUGCAAAAUCGCCAGCCCAAACGCACUGACCUUCUGCUUCGGUUACAGCAGCAGCAAGCGGUAGCAUGGCAGCAAUCAGACAACCCAGGUCCCUCAGGAGGCAGCUUCUUCUCUUCAGCUUCCUCGUCAACUUCAUCCCUCCGCUCUACUUCCUCCACCCGGGGUGAGCAUGGUCAUGGGGUCCCAUCUCAGUCCAGCCAAGAGGGCCAAGAAGGGGUCAGCUCACCCAGAAAAGGGGAGAAAAAACCCCAAAAACCAGGGAAAUAUGUGUGCACUUAUUGUGGCCGUCCAUGUGCCAAGCCAAGCGUUCUUCAGAAACACAUUCGCUCUCAUACCGGAGAAAGACCCUACCCUUGUGCCCCUUGUGGCUUUUCUUUCAAGACCAAGAGCAACCUGUACAAGCACCGCAAGUCCCAUGCCCAUCGCAUUAAAGCGGGCCUGGCGUCCAGUCGUGAUGAGCCCAGUUUGAGUGGACCAGAGGGCAGUGGCGUUGGAGAAGACCCUGAAGAACACACAGAGGGAGAAAGCACUGAGUCUGAGGAGGAGACGGGCCGACACAGAAAGUCCUCCUCCAAGGAGAUGUUGGGCCAUCCGAGGAAAGGUGGUAAGGAAGCACUGGGAGGCCCAGAGGAGACCCAGAGGCCUGAAGACUCCCAGGCUGUCAAGCAAAGACUGGCACUGAGGCUUAGUGAAAGGAAACGUGGACCCAUGGCUUCUCCAGAUGACCCUCCGUCCUCCCUCUCCACCUCAUCGUCUUCUCUAGGCCCGGGCAGUAAAGGCAGCACAGAGUCUGGCUACUUUUCCGGAUCAGGCAGCACUGACUUGUCCCAAGUUAGCCCUCCCAGUGCCAGUGCCAAAACCUACGCAGAAAUUAUUCUAGGGAAAUAUGGAAGACUGGGAGGGCAGCAGCGCAGUCCUCAUCAGCAGCAGCCUCAUUCUUCACUUUCCUCAUCCUCAGGAACGGAGGAAAAAAGCAUUCCUUUCGCUGUGCCCAAAACCCAAGUAAUAGAACACAUCACGAAGCUCAUCACUAUCAAUGAAGCAGUAGUAGAUACCAGUGAGAUUGACAGUGUAAAGCCCCGUCGCUCCUCUCUGUCCAGGAAGAGCAGCAUGGAGUCACCUAAAUUUAGCGCCCCUAAAGAUACCUACACCUUCGAUCCCAAAGGAGAAGCCCCCGGACCCAGUGGUUUGCGGCACCUCCACAAUCCUGAGGCAGAUCCAGCAGGUACCCAGGAGCUGUCAUCAGUGCCUCUGCUCAGAAGCCACUCAAUGCCAUCAUCUACCAGCCAAGGAGAGCCCUCCACCUCUGGCACCAUGUCUCCUAGAGGUUACCGUCUCUGCCAGUCAUUCGAUGAACAGCAAGCAGUGGUAGCAGAGAUGAGGGUUGGCCAUGCCCAGCGUAUGCUGAGGCGCCAACCUGCCAUAGAAGUCCCGCUGGGAGCUGAGGUAAUGCUGGAGGAGUCCGGUCCCACCUCCUCCUCCUCCUCCUCCUCCUCAGCCAGAGGUCCUGAACUAGCCAGGCAGCCGCAGCAACAGCAGCAGCAGCAGCAGCAGCAGCAAAAGACUUCCAGCCUGUUUGAAUGUGAAGCAUGUAGGGCUCGCUUCCAACAUAGUGAAGGCUACGAGGCCCACAAGGGCAUCUGCCCAGGACAGCAAAAACUGGAACAAGAGAGUGGGGAUGUGAGGAAAACAUGCAGGGAGGAUCGCCCACAGAUGAUGAUGCACUACAAGUUCCGGGCACUGGCCAUGGCUGUUAGGAAGAGGAGGAAAGAGGAGAGCCUGGAGGAGGACCCUCCCAGCCCAGGGUCUGUAGCCAUAUCAGGCAGCUCUGCAGGCCUCAUUCCAGUGCCAAGCAGACCGGAGCACAGCCAGGCCCUCUCAGGUGUUUCUUCACAGACUGAGCCAAAACAACAGCAGCAGCAGGACAGGAAGGGCGUGUCCGUCAUCCAACACACAAGCUCUUUUGAGAAGCAGGAGAGUAUAUCCAUGGAAAGUCAAGAACCAGACCUCAGAGAGAGUCAGCAAACAAAACAACCCGAGCCAAAACCAUCACCCUCUACAUCUCGCCUCAUCCGCCAGCCAAACAUCCAAGUGCCAGAGAUCCUCGUUACUGUGGAGCCUGAUGCUGACAUGCCAUCUGUGUCACCGCCGGUGACAGCAUCCUCUUCCAAGGAGGCAGAGAGAGUGGAGGAGUUCCAGUGGCCUCAGCGUAGCCAAACUCUGGCCCAGCUCCCUGCAGAGAAGCUGCCACCAAAGAAGAAGAGACUCCGCCUGGCAGAAGCAGCCCAGUCCUCUGGGGAGUCUAGCUUUGAGUCUGUGUCUUUGUCUCGCAGCCCCAGUCAAGAGAGCAACAUCUCACACACUUCAAGCCUUUCCGCUUCUUUUGAAGACCCAGCAAGAUCAGAGCCUGCCAUCUGGGCCAUCAGUAGCCAAAGCUCCCAGAUGCUGAUGGUGCCAACCGUUUCCCACCAACACCACCAAAGCCACAAGGAGAUGAGGCGCUCAGCCUCAGAGCAGGCCCCGGCCAGCCCCCAGCAAACAGAGCAGAUCUCAGAGACCAGAAGUAAAUCCUUUGACUAUGGUUCCCUGUCGCCUCAGCAGUCUACAUCCUCCUGGAAAGAAAGGAGAAAGUGUCUCCUUGUGAAGCAUGCCACCUUAGGGGAACCUGAGCAGGAGGAGGGGGCCAGCAUGAGUCAGUUGUCCAGAGCAGAGAGUCCAAAGCCUGGUCCUUCCCGUGCCAUCCUUCCUCCUCUUUAUUCAACCGAGGCAAGCCCCCGGUUCAGCCUGGAAGCCACAGGGAAAGCCUUGCAGCUGUUACAGCCGCAAAUCUUCCCUCCCCGUCACGAUGUGCUCCCUUUGCAGCCCAGAGGCCAGCAAGCAUUCACCCCGGGAUCGCUAUCCCAGCUACUCCCUGUCACCACAGCCAUCACUGAAGUACUGUCCACCCAGAUCAUCCACAGAGCCUUCUUACAUUCACAGUCAGGACCUCCACAUAUACAAAUACACCCAGCGCAGAUCCACAUGGCAGAACAGUUGGGAUUACCACUCCAUCAGCUUCCAGCUUUAGUUCCUCUCCAGUUCUCUUCCAGGACUAGAGCUGGUCAGGCUCUAUACUUACCUGUUCCUUCAAGACUUACCGCACAUCUUCCUUCCCCUCCCACUACAGAGAGCAGACCCUCCAUAUCUUCCAUAUCUUCUGAACUUAGCCACCAAUCCCUUGUAAGAAUCUCCUACCACCACCCACAGCCGGUCAUUGCCACAUGCCUGGCACAACUUACACCAGUAGUGUCCCUUGUGGUGCCAGUGCGCCUACAGACCCAUAUACCUACCUAUGCCAGUGCCAUGUAUACCACCCUGUCCCAGAUCCUGGCCUCCACCCACUCACAGGAACCCAUUUCAUGCACAGCUAUGGUCAUCAUGGGCCAGGUGGAGCGGGAAAAGCUGCAAAGGUCCUACCUGAAGGUCCCUUCUCCAGACAUCAUUCUUCCCCUGUCUCUGCCUGCCGAGCUGGCCUCAGGUUCUGGAGAGGGAUACGGUCCACUGGGGGCUGGAGGAAGUAAACGGAUGCUUUCUCCUGCGGCCAGUCUGGAACUCAGCACAGAGGCUCAGCGUCAACAGAAAAGGGUAAAAGAGGAAGAGGAGGGGGAGCAGCAUAAGGCAGGAGAGGAGGAGGAGGAGGAGGAGGAUGUAGAAGAGAAGGUAAGAGAGGAGGAACAAAGUAAAGACACUGGGAGAAAACUGGAAGAGGGAGAGAAGAAACAGCCAGAGAGGGCAGAGGGGACAACUGUGAAAGAGGAGGGGGAGCAGGAGCAAGUACCAAGGAAACAUAACAGGGAGGAAAAGGAGAAGGAGGGGGAGGAGGGGAAGGAGUCGACUGAGAAGACAAGUCAAAAAAAGGAAGAGGUGCCAGUUGUGGAGGAGGGGGUUGAGAGACCAAGCACCCCUUCAUACCCCAGCCUCCACACCUCCACCUCAGUCAACUGGUGCUACCUGAACUAUGUCAAACCUAACCCAUCUGCCCAGAGGGACCCCCGCACCUCAGUUUAUUCUACCUGGAGCGUCAGCGCUCACAACCCCAACUUGCCGGGGCUCAGCACUAAGGUGGUCCUGUCUCUACUGUGCUCCAAACAAAAGCACAGCACAGAGACAUACACCAUGGCCACGGCCCCAACCCUGGCCAAAGGCAAACUGUCCCUUGCAACUAGCGGGACCCCACGUGUGUCAGAGGUACAUGCCACCCCACCCAGCACCGUCACUGAAGUAAAGGAACAGCAGCAGCAGCCUGAGAAGGAGAACAAAGAGAUGAGAGAAGAGGAAGGACCCUCCACCUCCAAACAGGGCGAUCCCUCUCGUGUUCGCAUCUUUGAAGGCGGGUACAAAUCCAAUGAAGAGUAUGUUUAUGUGCGAGGCCGUGGCAGGGGAAAGUACAUAUGUGGAGAAUGUGGCAUCCGCUGUAAGAAGCCCAGCAUGCUAAAAAAGCACAUUCGAACACACACUGAUGUCCGUCCGUACAUUUGCAAACACUGCAACUUUGCCUUCAAAACCAAAGGAAACCUUACUAAACACAUGAAGUCAAAGGCUCAUGGGAAAAAAUGCCAGGCAAUGGGAGUAUCUGAGUCAUCACUGGACGAGCCAGAGAGCGAGGAAACAGGAGUUUCAUUAUAUGGAUGUAGACAGAUAAAACCUAAAGGAUGUGUGUGUUUGUCUGUGUCUGCACAAACAGCAGGCAGUGAUGAACGUGUGUGUGGCUCAGAGGAGCAGGAGGAACAUCAAUUUUCCGACGUGGAGGAGUCUGAGGACGAUGAUGACAAUGAUGACGAUGAUGAUGAGGAAGAGGAGUCUGCAUCCCAUGAUGACCCACCAUCCUCCUGUUCGUCAGACACCCACAUAUCAACAGGAGGACGUUCCAGCUGCAGUAGGCACUCUCAGCAGGGCACCCCUGACCCUGAGCCCCCUCCAGGCCCCAGUCCCAGCCCAUGUCAGGAGCGUUCCCCGAGGGGAAUUUGGCCAAGCAGACGAGCCGCCUCUCCAGGCAGCAGGAGAGCACUGUUCUCCCGGCGGGGCUGGAAGGCCUCACCAAGAGCCUUCUCCCCCAGUAGUGAGAGCUGCUCUCCCAGCCGCAGCCUCUCCCCUCGUCUGGAACUGUCCUCGCCCAUCCACAGCCUUUCCCCCAGGACUGAGCUGUCCUCACCAAGUCGACAUGUCUCACCCUCCCCUGAAAGAGGACCAUCUCCUAUCAGACCCCUUUCUCCUCUUCGUCCCAUUUCGCCCAGCUGCUACCGGUCAUCACAAGCCCGGACCCCCCCCUUGCCACUCGGGUUACAGCAUAGAACCGCUGGAUACCUGCCUUGGGAGAGUCCCAGUACAAAGGGUAGUCAUGUCAAACCGGAGAAAAGUGGUACAGCAGGUGAAGGGCCAACAUUAACAGAAGCCAGCUUGUUUCCACCUGCUUUUCGUCUUUCUACCUGUGAGGGUUAUCCUGGCCACCAAGCAGCAGACAACAUCUUCAGCCAUCUUCCCAUGCACUCCCAACAAGCCAAGGUCCCCUAUCUGAUGAUCCCCAUCGGAGGAAUCCAAAUGGUACAGGCCAGACCCAGGUCCCACCCUACCACCCCAUCAUCCCCAACAUCUCCCCCCAUGGAGGGGCCAUCACUGGCCAGGUUUGAAUCAUACUGGGGCGGGACCCCCAGAACUCAAGGGCUUAGGACUCCUGGAGACCACUGGUCAGAGCACCAGGCAGCAGGAACCAGCCAGUCAGGGCGGUGCGGUCUCAGCACAGCACUAACACGUUCCAAACCGGAGUUGGAGACCACAGACUCAAAGCAAUAUGGCAGCUCACAUAGCUCCGCACACACCCACAGGUCUGCUACUGAGACCACCGAGCGCUGCGUCAGAGACAGUCGUUGGAGAGCAGCCCUCAGUCGAGCAGCCCCCGUAGCCUCGCAUGUCAUUGGACAGCAGCCAGAGGGGGAGGAGCCACCAUCUGGUAAUGAUCUGGUGGAGGAAGGAGCUAAAGGAGACUCAGCCAGAACAGACCAGAGUACUUAACAGUGUCUACACCUUGAUGCAUCAUGCAUCCCAUUUUGCUUUAUUGGUUGCUACACUAGUCUUGUUUUUUAUUGCUUUGUUUUUAUACAGUUUUCAAUACUAUUGUUAACUUAAAUGUUUGUUCCUUGGCAACAUUCAGGUUUGUUAUAAAAAUGCACUUUUUUCUUUGUGAAAAUAAUGUU